AUGACCAGUGAAAAUAUAAAUUCUGUUUUUCCGACUUUUAAUUUUCACCCAAAACCGACCGAGGCAUCGACCAAAACUGAGGACAUUUUACCCCCUAUUAGUUUAGACCCUAUAAAAAAAUCACCCGUCAGGGGCGGCCUUCCAUCCCUCAUAGACCACACCGACAUUUCACGCAAACGUACAAGCGCGGAGGUCUCACUUGAAAACGGUGCACCUUUGUUCAACCCGCCGACAAAGCCAGAGUUUCCUCUGAGGUUUGGUGACAUCAGCAAAACGAAAAAAAGCGUUUCGAUUGAAAAAGAAAAAAAGAAGCCAAAAAAGGAAAAACCUGAGAGGAAAGUCAAAUUACAGAAGAAAAAAGAGAAAAUUGAACCACUGGAAAAGACUGAAAAAAUCACGAAUGAGAUUGACAACGUGAUUAAAGGAGAUGAGAUUGAGAUAACGCCGGAACAAAAGAACGUAAAUGUGGAAAUAAUACCAGAAAGAAUCAACAAAAGUGGAGUAGUGGAGGAAGAUGACAUCCUUCCCGUGUCAACAAAGCUAAUCAACUUCCUCCCAAGCAGCGUCGACGAGAUGAAAAACCUUGCAUUGAAGAAAAUGAUUGGAGAAAGCGACGGGAUCGUAAUGCACGUCAAGAUAUGCGAAGAAAAUAAUCUUGUAAUUCCCUUGAAUAGAUCGAAGGUCGAGGCAACGUAUGUCGGUGCAGCAAAGGACUAUCAAAAACAAAACAUCGCUGAAAAUUGGAUACAGGAACUUGCAGAACAGAAGAAAAAGUUGGUCGCAGAGUGCGAGUAUGUUAUACCAAAGAGGUUUGAAAGGGGCUAUGUGCCAAUCAAAACGAUCAGUAAGUAUUCGAUGCUCAAAACCCUAUUUGAAGACCGAAACAAAGGUAAGACGGAAAGUACGGAGACCACAGCGAAAAAUUGUUUGGAUCAACAAAAUGGAUUCGAGUUGUGCGAUUCCAUUGCGUUAAAUGGCGAUACAAUUCAGGAUAUGAUGAUGCUACUCAAAAUUAAACCUAUCCCUGAUUUAAAAAUGUGCGACGUGGCCCAAAACACCGAGUGGAGGACUUACCCCAAUCCCAUGGGUAAUGUUCCAAACAUCAACCCUAAGCCAAAUAACUACAACAGUCCAAACCAAAUGGGUGGGAGGGUAUACGUACGGCCUGAGGUCAUCAUGCCGCGUCAAAUACCAAAUUAUCAACCAGAACGAAGUCGGAUAUUCUCGGCGUAUGAGACCGAAACCAUGUACAUGCCUGGGUCAUACAGACCGAGGUUCCCAUACGUACCCAACCAAAUGGGUUUUUCCUCGCCUUAUUAUUGA